UCCUUCCUUCCUUCCUUCCUUCCUUUCUUUCUUUCUUUCUUUCUUUCUUUCUUUCUUCUCCAUAUAUUUUGCCUGUUUUCCCGUCAAUCUCCUUGCCUCAGAACAAGAGGGUUUUUGUUUUGUUUUCUUCAAUGAAUAUACCCCGAUCCUAUGUGCCUGCCACAUAGAUGAAUUCUGUUUCCUCCGCCAGUACUGAGCUCUUGAUUGCCUGACUGACUGAAUUAGGAAAAGCAAAGGCUUUCAUGAAUUGAGUCACAUAUGGCCACCAAAUUCUUUAGCAAAAAUUAGUUCUAGACAUUAGAGUAAAAAACAAAUUUAAAAAGACUUGCUAAAUGCAGCAGUGGCUUAAGUCCACUGCACAUAUCACAUAUGCUAAUGGUGUCCCGUGGCUCCCUUUUUUGUCCUCACUUCGUAGUUCUGGCUGGCCUGAAAUUCACUAUGAAGAGCAGGUUAGGCUGAAACUCAAAACUCGCAGAGAUCCCCCUGCCUCUGCACCCGGAUUGCUGGGAUUAAAGGCACAUGCGAUAUCCCAUCUAGUCUGUGGCUACUUUUAAAUUGCACAUCUCUGCUUGACAAGAUCAGGGAGACUGAAAAUUUUAGGUGUUAUGAGCCAAGUGACUGUGCGCUCGAGCGGUCUCCCGCCCGCCCCACCCCACGUGAAACACUAGGAUCCGGACGCGCCGUCACUAUAGAAGGAAAACAGGCCAGAUCUGGUGACGCACAUCUGUAAUUCCCGCCUUUAGGAGUCAGAAGCGGAAGGGUCGCUGCAAAUUUAAGGCCAGUAGGCUCCUUACGGCAAGUUCACCGCAAAAGGUCCCUGACGCCCCAGUACCCUGGUGGAUGCAGAGGGAAGAGGCAGUGCUGCUCCCUGACGUCACAGGUUCCCUCCCGUGAGCACUUGCGCCCGGAGUUCGCGCGUUCUUCAGGGUAGGGGUUUGGCUCAUCAUGGCUGCUUGCCGAGCACAACCACCUACCUCCGAGCAAGCCUGGCUUGAGGCUGCCCAGACCUUCAUCCAAGAGACCCUCUGUCCAGCUGGCAAGGAGGUGGACAAAGAGUUGACUCGGUCAGUAAUUGCUUGUGUGAAGGAGACGUGGCUGUCCCAGGGGGAGAACCAGGAUUUAACUCUGCCCUUCAGCUACAGCUUUGUCUCGGUACAGAGUCUGAAGACCCAUCAGCGCCUCCCAUGCUGCAGCCACCUGUCCUGGAGUCAGAGUGCUUACCAGGCGUGGACCCGCGGAGGCCGGCCGGGGGACGGCGUCCUGCCCCGGGAGCAGCUGAUACUUUUAGGGACACUAGUAGACCUAUUGGGAGAUUCGGAACAAGAAUGUAGGAGUGGAAGCCUGUAUGUGAGGGAUAACACUGGGACCUUGGACUGUGAGCUCAUUGAUCUAGACCUUUCUUGGUUGGGCCAUCUCUUCCUAUUCCCCAGUUGGAGUUACCUUCCUUCUGCCAAGAGGAAUUCCUUGGGGGAAGGGCACUUGGAACUAUGGGGUACACCGGUGCCAGUAUUUCCUUUGACUGUCAGUCCUGGCCCUCUCAUACCUAUCCCUGUCCUCUACCCAGAAAAGGCGUCCCACCUGCUCAGAUACAGAAAGAAAUCCAGUAUAAAGGAGAUAAACCUCGCUGGAAAACUGGUCCAUCUGAGUGCCCUGAUAAUAACUCAGAACAAAAGGUAUUUCAUCAUGACACUUGGUGAAUUAGCCCAAGCUGGCAGCCAGGUGUCCAUCAUUGUACAGAUCCCUGCUCAGAUGGUGUGGCACCGAGUCCUCCGGCCUGGCAGGGCCUAUGUACUGACAAAAUUGCAAGUAACCAAGACCCGGAUUCACCUUUCCUGUAUUUGGACAACCAUUCCAUCUUCAACUCUGAAGCCUCUGAGACCAGGUUAUGUGCAAGAGCUGGAGCUGGACUUAGAGUUCUCGAAAGCUGACCUUAAACCACCACCCCAGCCCACCAGCUCCAAAGACAGCAGAGGGCAAGAAGGUCUUGUCCGGGCUUCCAAAGUCUUGCAUUAUUUGGGAACAGUCACUGCUGUGUUGCAUGAGUCUGCCGGCCUCUACAUUCUAGAUGGGCAGCUGAUUCUCUGCCUCGCAUACCAGAAGAUCCAUGGCCUCAGGCGGGUUAUUCGACCAGGGGUCUGUCUGGAGCUCCGAGAUGUUCAUCUCCUCCAGGCAGUGGGUGGAGCAACAACAAAACCUGUCCUGGCGCUCUGUCUCCAUGGCACUGUUCGGCUUCAAGGCUUUUCUUGUCUUAAGCCUCUGACUUUGCCGUCCUCCAAAGUUUAUGGUGCCUCCUUGUAUGAGCAACUCGUGUGGAAAUGUCAGUUAGGACUUCCCUUAUACUUAUGGGCUGCCAAGACCCUGGAGGAUCUCAUCUACAAGCUGUGUCCCCAUGUGUUGAGAUGUCACCAGUUCCUGAAGCAACCCUCUCCUGGGAAGCCCAGCUUGGGCCUGCAGCUCCUGGCUCCCUCCUGGGAUGUUCUGAUUCCACCUGGCAGCCCCAUGCGGCAUGCGUACAGCGAGAUCCUGGAAGAACCACACAACUGCCCCCUUCAGAAAUACACUCCACUGCAGACUCCCUACUCUUUCCCUACUAUGCUCGCCCUGGCAGAGGAAGGGCAGCACAGGGCUUGGGCUACUUUUGACCCAAAGGCCAUGCUGCCUCUCCCAGAAGCCAGUCACCUGACCAGCUGCCAACUGAAUCGCCACCUAGCCUGGUCCUGGGUCUGUCUGCCAUCCUGUGUGUUCCAGCCAGCCCAGGUUUUACUUGGGGUCCUGGUGGCUUCAUCUCGUAAAGGUUGUCUGGAGCUUCGGGAUCUAAGAGGUUCACUGCCUUGUAUCCCCUUGACUGAGAGUUCACAGCCCCUCAUUGACCCGAAUCUCGUAGGCUGCCUGGUGCGGGUAGAGAAGUUCCAGUUGGUAGUAGAGAGAGAAGUCAGGAGCAGCUUCCCUUCCUGGGAGGAGAUGGGCAUGGCACGCUUCAUCCAGAAGAAGCAGGCCAGAGUCUACGUCCAGUUCUACCUGGCUGAUGCCCUGAUCCUGCCCGUGCCCAGACCCACCUUUGGUUCAGAACCAUCUCAGACAGCCUCCUCCUGCCCAGAGGGACCCCACCUGGGACAGAGCCGGCUGUUCUUACUGUCCCACAAGGAGGCCCUCAUGAAACGUAAUUUUUGUCUCCUUCCGGGAGACAGUUCACAACCUGCAAAGCCCACCUUGAGUUUCCACGUGUCAGGAACUUGGCUUUGUGGCACACAGAGGAAGGAAGGUUCUGGAUGGAGCCCACCCGAGUCUCUGGCCGUUGAGAGCAAGGAUCAGAAGGUCUUCCUCAUCUUUCUUGGCUCUUCAGUUCGAUGGUUUCCGUUCUUGUACCCAAACCAAGUCUACCGACUCGUGGCUUCCGGCCCCUCACAGACACCAGUGUUCGAGACAGAGGGCUCAGCUGGCACCUCUCGACGUCCUCUGGAACUGGCUGACUGUGGAUCUUGCCUCACUGUCCAAGAGGAGUGGACCCUGGAGCUUGGGAGCUCUCAGGACAUACCUAAUGUACUGGAGGUCCCUAGAACACUGCCCGAGUCCUCACUGGCCCAGCUGCUCGGUGACAACUCCCCCGAUUCCUUGGUAUCUUUCUCUGCUGAGAUUUUGUCUCGGAUACUGUGUGAACCACCUCUGGCCCUUCGCCGGAUGAAACCUGGGAAUGCUGGGGCUAUUAAAACAGGUGUGAAGCUAACAGUAGCUCUAGAAAUGGAUGACUGUGAAUAUCCCCCUCACCUGGACAUAUAUAUCGAAGAUCCACAGUUGCCUCCCCAAAUAGGACUCCUUCCAGGAGCCCGAGUCCACUUUAGCCAGCUGGAGAAAAGGAUUUCCAGGACAGGGUCUCACUAUGUUGUCCCGGCUGUUUUGCAACUUCCUGUGUCGCUCAGGCCAGCCUCAAACUUACAAGCUUCCUCCUGCCACUGCCUGUCUCCAGAUGCCGAGUACUAUGCUCAGCUUUGCUGUGACUGGCUGCUAGUCUGCGCCUGCUGUUCCCUCUGCUUUGAUAGAGCUCUGGAUAUGCCCCUGGGAUCCAACAUUGUUUACUGUUGUUUCCGGUCAUCCACUUCUGUGCAGGUCCUGAGCUUCCCCCCAGAGACCAAAGCCAGUGCUCCUCUGCCCCACAUCUAUCUGGCUGAACUUCUCCAAGGUGACCGGCCUCCCUUCCAGGCCACUACCUCUUGCCAUAUUGUGUAUGUCCUGAGCCUUCAGAUCCUGUGGGUGUGUGCUCAUUGCACCAGCAUCUGCCCCCAGGGUAAGUGUAGUCGCCGGGACCCCAGUUGUCCAUCUCAGAGGGCUGUAAGCCAGGCCAACAUCAGGCUCCUGGUAGAAGAUGGCACCGCAGAAGCGACGGUGAUCUGUAGGAAUCAUCUUGUGGCAAGGGCACUAGGGCUGAGUCCUAGUGAGUGGUCCUCCAUCCUCGAGCAUGCCAGGGGGCCGGGGAGAGUGGCCUUGCAGUUUACAGGGCUAGGAGGCCAAACAGAGUCUGCAAGCAAAACCCAUGAGCCCUUGACCCUGCUCCUCCGGACACUUUGUACCAGCCCCUUUGUCCUCCGACCCGUUAAGCUUUCUUUUGCACUUGAAAGGAGACCCACUGAUAUUUCCCCACGAGAACCGUCCCGGCUGCAGCAGUUCCAGUGUGGAGAGCUCCCUCUGCUGACCAGAGUGAAUCCCAGGCUCCGACUGGUCUGCCUUUCUCUGCAGGAGCCGGAGCUCCCCAACCCUCCACAAGCAUCUGCUGCUUCGUCUUGAUGACACUGCCUAAGGUGGCCCCAGAGUUUCCAGGACCCCAGACACUGGAGUGAGGAACUCCUGCCCCACUGUGAUUUCUAGUUAUUCUGGUGUCAGCAUGCCUUGGAGACACUGAAAACGGCAGAUCACAGCAUGAUAAUGGUGUUUCCUCCAAUUGGGUUAGAACACCUACACUCAGAGGUGACCCUCCCUGAGUGCUUGGGUUCUGCCUUGUGGAGAAAGCAGGACGGAGACCUUGCCCCUUAUGAUUGAUUGUAUUGUGAUAGGCCCUUUGGGCUACAAUAAACUUCUCUGAGGACUUUC